AUGGAGAGAACAGGCUCCGGAUCCAGGGCUCUGUUCCCCAGGGGGCCCAGCUACAGUCUCGAGGACUUUUCCAACAAGGACUUCAUCGUGCGCGACUUUGUUGAUACCCUCGCCGAGAAUGCCACCUCGGCCAACCGCCGUUCCGGUCCAGCCUCAGCCCCAUUCGACCCGAAGCCCCUGAUCCGGACCUUUGAGAAUGCUUUACAAGGACUUAGCAACCUGUCGGAGGAACUGCAGGAAAAGGAAUCCGAGCUCCUGUCUCAAGUACGCCGCGCCGAAGCCCAGCAUGACCAGACACUCGACACCCUCGGCCGCAAGCUCGACCAGUCGAUCGACUCCUUCGAGGCGCUCGAUGUCAGCCUCAACAACCCGAACGGCGUCGACCGCGGUGCUCGAGGAGACGGAGGCGGCAAUGUCGCCGUGCAGAUUGGAGAGAAGCUGGAGGAACUGGACCGGAAAAGGAGGAGAGCUCAGGAUGCCAACUUCUUGAUCCAGUGCUGGUUGGAGGUCAGCGAGACGGGGGAGCUCACCUCUCUUCAGGAUAUUCGGAGGCAGGGAGGGGCCGAAAACAAGGUCCGAUGUGCGGUCAUCGCCCAUCAGCUCAUGCGCAUCAGCCAGCGGCUGGAUCUUGCCGCGUGGAACCAGACAAAUGGCCAUCGGAACGGCAUCACCAACGGUGUGGUUGGCGCAGGCAGACCCAACCAUAACACGCGCGAGGUCCUCGAGAAGUUCUGCGAGACACUGGAGCAGGACCUCCUCAAACAGUUCAACAACAGCUACCGAAAGCAGAACUUCGACGACAUGAUGGAGUGCGCCAAGGUCUUGCAUGAUUUCAACGGUGGCGCAAGUGUUAUUGCCGUCUUCGUGAACCAGCACCAGUUCUUCAUCGACCGCGAUCAAUUGAUCACCGAUGAAGUAACUACGGACGGCGAGACUUGGGAUCAGUUAGCAGACCCUGACCAAGACCCGCCUGGUGUUGAGCCCAGCCUCCAGUCGUUGAUCGACGAGGUCAAGAUCGUCAUGCAGGAAGAGUCUUUCAUUAUCAGAAGGGCUUUCCCGUACUACGAGACCGUCUUGAUCAAAUUCAUUCAAAGAGUCUUUCAGCAGUCUAUCCAGCAGCGACUGGAGAUGGUGUUGGAAAAGGCCGAGACCAUCUCUACUUUGGCCUUUCUGCGCUCCCUUCAUGCUUCGAGGAACUACAUCAGCGCACUGAUAGAGGAUCUCAAGCACCAUGGUCUAACGGAACACCCUGAACCUUGUUCUGCCCAAAUCGCCCAGACAUUAGACCAACAGAUGGAGGAGCUGUUUGUUCCGUAUAUGGUGGGCAACUCUUACAUCGAGCGAGAGAAGAAGAGCCUGGAGGAAUUAUUCAACUCGUUGCUUUUCAAGUACAACAUUUAUCAUUCGAGAAGGAAGAAGGCGCCGACAGGAUUCAUGGCCUCGCUAGCACAACAAGGGUCUCAGCUCAUGGCCUCGGCGAAAGAUGCCUACCUGGAACGACUGGAGUCGUCUGACCUGACUCCAACACAGAAGACUAUGAUGUUGAGGGUGGCUGGCGUGUCAGACACGGACAAGAACAAGAACGAGAUCGAAGUCUCGGAAGAAGAUGGUGUACUCAGCACCGCCAAUGCUAAACGUAUGAUGCGCUGGCUUGCAGAAAGUGUUCGACGCACACUUGAACUGGGGAGUGUGAAUGAGACACCGAAGGACGUGGCCAUUCUACUCAACCUGCUCAUGACGAACAUGGGUCAAGUAUAUAUCGAAACCGGCCUGGACGCAGCUCUCGAAAAGGCCUCAGCCCAAGAGAACGUCAAGAUUGAGCCCGACCUGAGUUAUAUGCCCUUGAUUCGACCCGCAGUCACCAUCACCAGCAUCAUGUCUCGAUUCAUAACGACGGUUCUUGUCCGCCUUGCCGAGUCCAACACUACUGUUCGUCGGAGCAUGGAGGCCCAGACCAAGAUGGGCAUCGAGUCGAUCGAGAAGAAGACCAACAGCAUCCUGAAGUCGACUCUCGACGUCCUGACGAAUUGGAUCGCCAAAUCGCUGGCGAAUCAAAAGAAGAUCGAUUAUCUGCCAAAGGACGACAGUGUGCUGGAGAACCUACAGACGCCGACGUGCGACACGAUCUGUAACUUUCUCGCCCGCACGGCGAGGCUGAUAAACCAGGCUGUCGAUGGCGCCAACCAUCAAGCAUUCAGCACGGAACUCGCCGUGGCGGUGCAACGUCUCCUCCUCGAGCAUUUCAAGAAAUUCAAAGUGAAUGCGGCAGGCGGCCUGAUGGUCACCAAGGAUAUCGCCAAGUAUGUCUCCACGCUCAAGGGAGAAUGGGACAUCAGCAAGGAGACAGAGGGUGCGGUCGACCUCCUCACCGAGAUCGGCUACCUCUUCAUCAUCGGGCCCGAGGCCCUGAGGGAGCGCAGCAGGAAUCUAGCUUCCGGGCCCAGUGGCGGUGGGAAGAGGCUGGUCAAGGCCGACUUCAAGACGUUUGUGAGCAACCGUGAGGAUUAUAGGAGCGUGGGCAUCCAGAGCGUGCUGGCUGGUUUGUAA